AAAACAAUCCUGAAUCCUGAACAAUAUAAGAACUGAACUAUCAGAUAUCAGAUUAAAAAAAAUACAAUGAAGCGCCAUAAAAUCACUAGAAAUCCACUACUGUAUAUUAGGUUUGGUGUGUGUAUUUCAUGGAUCCAUGUGUCUUCCCUGUCUCUCUUUAUGCCUGACACGCGCACGCACGUGCGCGCGCACCCCACUCCAGACAGCGACAGGGCAGGCAGUCAUGGAGGCGAUAUGGCUCUACCAGUUCCGGCUGAUCGUCAUCGGGGACUCGACGGUGGGCAAGUCGUGUCUGAUCCGCCGGUUCACCGAGGGCCGCUUCGCCCAGGUGUCGGACCCCACGGUCGGCGUGGACUUCUUCUCCCGCCUGGUAGAGAUCGAGCCGGGCAAGAGGAUCAAGCUGCAGAUCUGGGACACCGCGGGCCAGGAGCGCUUCAGGUCCAUCACCAGGGCUUACUACCGCAACUCGGUGGGCGGGCUCCUCCUGUUCGACAUCACCAAUCGCCGCUCUUUCCAGAACGUCCACGAUUGGCUGGAGGAGGCCCGCAGCCACGUCCAGCCGCACAGCAUCGUCUUCCUAUUGGUCGGCCACAAGUGUGACCUGGAAGCACAACGUCAGGUAAGCCGCCAGGAGGCAGAGAAGCUGGCGGGGGCGUACGGGAUGCGCUACGUCGAGACGUCGGCCCGCGACGCCAUCAACGUGGAGCAUGCCUUCACCGAGCUGACCAGAGACAUCUUCGCCUUGGUGCGGUCCGGGGACAUCACCAUCCAGGAGGGCUGGGAGGGCGUCAAGAGCGGGUUCGUCCCCAACGUGGUUCACUCUUCAGAGGAAGUGACCAAGAGUGACCGCCGCUGUCUCUGCUGAUCUGGGAAGACUUCGAACGAUGGGACUGGUGAUGAAAGAGGGGAUCCGGGGAAGAUUCAGAGGUGACAGGCUGGCUGGUUGGAUUGUUGGCCCUCUGACAGAAACUUGGUAACCCUUUGUUGUUCUCUGUUGCGACUGGAUAUGGAGGAGGACAUUCAAGAGGAAAGACUGGCCGACAAAGGCCAAGAGGAUCUCAAGCAUGGGGGGACAGCUCAGGGUUUGUGCCCUUUUCUAUCGGUAUACAUUUUAUUUCAGGAGAGAAAGUGAUGCAAAAGGUUCUUGACUCGUGAGGCGACUUGUUUCCUUUAGGGUUUUUUAUUUUGUGUGGCUGCUUGCCUCAAAAUCCCUACUUGAAAGUCUGUGCUGAGGACGGUAGCCUUCGAAAGAGGGCUGAGCCACUGGGCGAACCCUGGAUCCGUUUAGGUUCCUUGCCGAGUCAGAUGUCAGGAUGAUGCUCUUGACUUGAUUCAUCUUCCUCUUCAUAUUCUUUUUCUUUCUCACCUAGGUCCAGCAUCUUCCCUCUCUCUCUCUCUGUCAUCUCCUCCUCCACCUCUUCUCUCCUUUUUCCCCAUUCUCGAUCUCCUCCUCCUCUCCUCAAAUAUGCAAUUUUAGGAUCACCCACAAAAAAAGACCAUGUACCUUUUUUUGUUGGCUUCUGAGAUCAUUUCAGCACAUGCCACUCAAAAAUCUCCUGUCAAUACUGUUCAAUUCAGCUUUCCUCCAGUUUACAAGUUUCUCUUACGAUAACCCCCCCUUGCUCUAUAUUCACCUAUCAGAGCUCUGUUGUUGAGUCCUGGAGAUCUGACACAGGAGGGCAGGAAGGGUCGAAUUUCUUCCCCUUAACAUUAUUUCUCUUGGAACAGGUCUUGACAACACGAUAAUGUCCACUAUCAUUCUGCUAACACCGCACUAAAAUGACACAACCGUCACCUACCCAAUCCCUACAAGACUCCUUAAGUGGAAAGACAUUGACUUCAAGAACGUGUACAGCUGAACGGACAAGGUAUGGUGGACUCGUGGGGGAUAAUGAACAUACCAGAAGCUUACAUUUCCUUGUUUCGCUGACUGUCCACCUUUAACUGGAGACUUGUUAAGGUGGACUUUUGGGAAUUUUGGACACAACUAAGGCCUACAGCUGGACAGCACCUGUACAGCGCCUGUCCUCCUUAACCGUGGAGUCUCCUUUGGGACUUUUUAAGGGUGUAAAUCCAAAAAAAAAAGGGGAG